AUGAAGACCCUGAUGCGCCAUGGUCUGGCAGUGUGUUUAGCGCUCACCACCAUGUGCACCAGCUUGUUGCUCGUGUACAGCAGCCUCGGCGGCCAGAAGGACCGGCCCUCCCAGCAGCAGCAGCAGCAGCAGCAGCAGCAGCAGCAGCAGCAGCAGGCAGCGGCGACCGGCAGCGCGCAGCCGUCGGCGGAGAGCAGCGCCCCGUCGCGCCCCGGGCCCCCCGCAGGACCGCGACCGCUGGACGGCUACCUUGGCGUGGCGGACCACAAGCCCCUGAAGAUGCACUGCAGGGACUGUGCCCUGGUGACAAGCUCGGGACAUCUGCUGCGCAGCCAGCAAGGCCCCCAGAUCGACCAGACCGAGUGUGUCAUCCGCAUGAACGACGCCCCCACGCGCGGCUACGGGCGCGACGUGGGCAACCGCACCAGCCUGAGGGUCAUCGCGCAUUCCAGCAUCCAGAGGAUCCUGCGCAACCGCCACGACCUGCUCAACGUGAGCCAGGGCACGGUGUUCAUCUUCUGGGGCCCCAGCAGCUACAUGCGGCGCGACGGCAAGGGCCAGGUGUACAACAACCUGCACCUGCUGAGCCAGGUGCUGCCCCGGCUGAAGGCCUUCAUGAUCACGCGCCACAAGAUGCUGCAGUUCGAUGAGCUCUUCAAGCGGGAGACUGGCAAAGACAGGAAGAUCUCCAACACCUGGCUCAGCACUGGCUGGUUCACAAUGACCAUCGCGCUGGAGCUCUGCGACAGGAUCGACGUGUAUGGCAUGGUGCCCCCGGACUUCUGCAGGGAUCCCAAUCACCCUUCAGUCCCUUAUCACUAUUAUGAACCUUUCGGACCAGAUGAAUGUACAAUGUACCUGUCCCAUGAGCGAGGGCGGAAGGGCAGUCAUCACCGCUUCAUCACGGAGAAACGAGUCUUUAAGAACUGGGCACGGACAUUCAAUAUUCACUUUUUUCAACCAGACUGGAAACCAGAAUCACUUGCUAUAAAUCAUCCUGAGAAUAAACCUGUGUUCUGA